AUGACGCCCACAGCUUUCGCGUACAAGAAUGAAUAUUCACAUUCUUCUCAAUACGAAAUUUCCAACCAAUUACCACCUGCACCAAUACAGCCAAUAUUUAGACCUUCUUUUGAAGCGAACGAUAAACAAGUUGCUACUAUUUACCAAAAUUGGGUACGAUUAAAUGACUCAAUUCCGCCGCCAGAAGCAAUGUUCCAUGAUUUUCUAGAGGUUGAUUAUUCUAAAUUCUACGAUUCUUCUCUUGAAUUUGAUCCUCAUCCAACAGAAUCAACAGAUAUUUUCUCAUCACAAGAAUUAGAUGAUUUAUUCACGUCGCUGACAAAAGUAGCGGCCGGAUGUGGAACAAGUGAUUGUGGUGACGAUGCAUUGGGAAGAGAGUUUCAAGAUGAUGGAAUUUGCGAGCUAUUGUUGGAUGUAAAUAAAAGAAAAGAGAUGGAAAAUGUGGAUAAAUUGGCGGAUGCUUUUGAUUCUUUCACGAUAGUUUAA